AUGUUAUCGAAGUCAUCACCGGAAUCAGCACUCCUCUUUACAAAACUUGCCGUUCGAUUGGCUUCAUCUUGGCCACCAUCACUAACGGCUAACAAAUUUCAAAUUCUUAUUUUUGAUAUCUCAUGGUACGCAUUAUUUGCAAGCGGAUUGUUUUUAUUAUUUCCAUUGUUAAACGCCAUUUAUGUGUUACGAGAGAAUCACGUCGUAAUGAAUAAAUCCGUGUGCCUAUUUUUCGCCGUUAUUCAAGUUCUUUUGAAAAUGAUAUUCAGUCGGCAUCAACGUACGCAACUUCAGGCAUUGUUCUUUGAAAUGGAAAAUUUUUGCCAUAACGCAGACGAACAAGAAAGAUCCGUAUUACAGCGAACCGUAGAAAGAUGCAAAUUCGUACACGUUACUUACACAAUGGGAUGUUAUCUUACCGCCGUUAUAGUCAUUUGUGGUCCUUUGUAUACGAGUCAAAAUUUUCCAACUGAUGCAAAAUAUCCAUUUGAAAUAGAUCAUCAUCCAAUAAAGGAAAUCAUUUUCUUACAUCAAACAUUAGUCGGAUUUCAAGUAUCUGCUGGUUUGACCAUUGAUUGUCAAGUUGCACUUCUUCUUUGGUACGUCGGUGCCAAGUAUGAAAUUUUGACAGAAAAAUUAAUGAAUAUCCAGAAUGAUAAUCAAUUAAAUUCUUGCUUGAAAAAACAUCAAGAAAUUAUUAAGUAUACGGAACAAGUAAAAGGUGUGGUCAAAUAUUUGAUACUAACAAUCGUAAUUACUACUAACGUAGUCAUUAUUUUUGGUGGUUUAAAUAUCUUUAGCCAACAAUCACUAAUCGUGAAAGUUCAAUAUAUUGUUAUGGUUAUCAGCGCAUGUACUGAACUUUUUAUUUGCGCUUGGCCGGCAGACAAUUUAAUUACAAUGAGUCAAAAUAUUUCCCAAGGCCUUUACAAUUCUAAUUGGUUGUCAACUAAACCAAAAACUAGAAAGACUAUUAUCCAAUGUAUUAUGAGAUCGCAAAAGCCUGAAAAUAUUAAUAUUGGAAGUGUUUUUCCAGCAUUAUCUUUGAAAUAUUACGCUUCUUUUUUAUCAACGUCAUUUUCAUACUUCACCACAUUACGUGCUACUCUCAACGACAAUUAA